GCUAGCCACUCGUAUUAUCUAGUCGUUAUUGGAUGAGUCGUCGAAGAAAGCUUGCGAGUGGUACGCACCCAGGCUCCCCAAUCACGCGCUUGUGUACGUUCUAUCCUAUCCAUUCCAAGCGCCCGCCACACAAGCAGAAACACAGGCGGGAGAUGGGGUGCUGAGAGGAGAGCUCCAGGAUCCAUGGCGCCUGUGGUGACCGCUGCGCUGGGCGCGUUGGGCCCUCUGCUGGGGAAGCUCGCUGAUUUGCUCGCCGGCGAGUGCAGCCGCCUGAAAGGGGUCCGCCGAGAGAUCCGCUCCCUCCAGUCUGAGUUUAAAGGGUUUGAUUCACCAAAAUUCAGUAUAGAGCUGCAUCAUGGUGGUUUCUUCAUGGGGAAAGGAAAUAACUUGGCAUAUUUGGAUGAGAAAUUAUCAUUGUUUGAUAACCUUGACAGGAACACUUUCUGCAAUGAUAUGAUUGACUAUAUGCUUCAGCAGUUAAACUAUGCACUAAUAUGGUCCCAAUUGACUUUGAAUUAG